AUGGCCAUAACUCAGGUGUUCAUGUUGACUGCGGUCAUAACGUGGGCGACCAAACAGUUUUCAGAGCUGGAGAGUCAAGUGACGUCGGUCGAAAGAGUUCUGGAGUACACCGAAAUACCUUUGGAGAGCAAAUCCGAAGGUAGGACGGUGACGGAGUGGCCCAAGAACGGACAAAUCACUUUCGACCACGUCAAUUUGGUGUACGAAACGACGAACGAGCACAUUUUGAGGGACAUCAGUUUUCGAGUCGAGCCGGGCGAGAAAAUCGGAAUUGUGGGUCGAACGGGGGCGGGGAAGUCCUCGAUAAUUUCGGUCCUGUUCCGAUUGUACAACAUCUCCGGCAGCAUCGUGAUUGACGGCGAAGACAUCGGCACCUUGAAUCUGGAAUUUUUGCGAUCCAGCAUUGCCAUCAUCCCUCAGGAUCCGAUUUUAUUCUCCGGAACGAUCCGAAAGAACAUCGACCCUUUGGACAAGUACAAAGACGAGGAGAUUUGGAGAGCCAUUCGAAUAGUAAAACUGACCGAAAUGGUUCCGAACCUCGAGAUGAAGAUCACAGAAAGCGGCAGCAAGUACAGUUCGGGCCAGAGACAGCUGAUUUGUUUGGCCAGGGCGUUGGUCACUCGCAACAAAAUCAUCGUUUUGGACGAGGCCACUGCAAAUAUGGAUCCGGAAACCGAUAAGCUGCUCCACGAAACGAUCCGAGUGCAUUUCGGACACAGCACGGUUUUAACGAUAGCCCAUCGUAUCAACACGGUCAUUAAGUCUGACAAGGUUUUGGUGGUCGACGGCGGACGAAUCGUUCAGUACGGUAAGCCAAACGAUUUGUUGCGACAGCGAGACGGACAGUUUCGGAAGAUGGCCUCUCAAGCCGGGAUACAAUUAACCGACGACAUUCAAGAGGAAGACGAUCAAUAUUAA